GAUUUUAGAUAAUGGGCUGUGUGCAAUGUAAGGAUAAAGAAGCAACAAAACUGACUGACGAGAGGGAUGGCAGUUUAACUCAAAGCUCAGGCUACCGCUAUGGGACAGAUCCCACUCCGCAGCACUAUCCCAGCUUUGGUGUGACUUCAAUCCCAAACUACAACAACUUCCAUGCCACAGGAGGCCAAGGACUGACUGUGUUUGGUGGAGUCAAUUCCUCCUCUCAUACAGGGACACUGCGUACAAGAGGAGGAACAGGUGUAACUCUUUUCGUGGCGCUUUAUGACUAUGAAGCAAGAACAGAAGAUGACUUGAGUUUUCACAAAGGAGAAAAAUUUCAAAUUCUUAACAGCUCGGAAGGAGACUGGUGGGAGGCCCGGUCCUUGACAACAGGCGAAACUGGUUACAUUCCCAGUAAUUAUGUGGCUCCAGUCGAUUCCAUCCAAGCAGAGGAGUGGUACUUUGGCAAACUUGGCCGAAAAGAUGCUGAGAGGCAGCUCUUGUCAUUUGGAAACCCCAGAGGUACCUUCCUGAUCCGGGAAAGCGAAACUACCAAAGGUGCCUAUUCCCUGUCUAUUCGAGACUGGGAUGAUAUGAAAGGAGAUCAUGUCAAACAUUAUAAGAUUCGUAAACUUGACAAUGGUGGAUAUUAUAUCACAACUCGGGCACAAUUUGAAACUCUUCAGCAGCUGGUUCAGCAUUAUUCAGAGAAAGCUGAUGGUUUGUGUUUUAACUUAACUGUGAUUGCUACGAAUAAUACCCCACAAACUGUUGGAUUGGCUAAAGAUGCAUGGGAAGUUGCACGUGAUUCAUUAUUUCUGGAACAGAAGCUUGGUCAGGGGUGUUUCGCUGAAGUGUGGCGUGGUACGUGGAACGGAAAUACUAAAGUGGCUAUCAAGACCCUGAAGCCUGGCACUAUGUCUCCAGAAUCCUUCUUAGAGGAAGCCCAAAUCAUGAAGAAGCUAAAACAUGACAAACUGGUCCAACUUUAUGCGGUGGUAUCUGAAGAACCUAUCUAUAUUGUCACAGAGUACAUGAGCAAAGGGAGUUUGCUAGAUUUCUUAAAAGAUGGAGAAGGAAGAGCUUUGAAGUUACCGAAUUUGGUGGACAUGGCAGCCCAGGUGGCUGCAGGAAUGGCGUACAUCGAACGAAUGAAUUAUAUACACAGAGAUCUGCGGUCUGCAAACAUUCUGGUGGGGAAUGGCCUAAUAUGCAAGAUUGCUGACUUCGGAUUGGCAAGGCUGAUUGAAGACAACGAAUAUACAGCCAGACAAGGUGCAAAGUUUCCCAUUAAAUGGACGGCGCCAGAAGCAGCAUUGUAUGGAAGGUUCACAAUAAAGUCAGAUGUGUGGUCUUUUGGCAUCCUACUGACAGAGCUGGUAACAAAAGGGAGAGUGCCAUACCCAGGCAUGAAUAACCGUGAAGUCUUGGAGCAAGUAGAACGUGGUUAUCGGAUGCCAUGUCCUCAGGACUGUCCCAUCUCCUUGCACGAGCUUAUGAUCCACUGCUGGAAAAAAGACCCAGAGGAGCGUCCAACUUUUGAAUAUUUGCAGGGUUUCCUUGAAGACUACUUCACUGCAACAGAACCCCAGUACCAGCCCGGUGACAACCUGUAAAUCCCUGGUCUCCAGACACUGUCAUGAAUUACCAGGUGUUUCUCAGCCCUGCCCCACCUGCCCUUCAGCUUCCAACUCCGUGAUCGGUUUCUCCAGAGUGCAGCAUCUUCCAGCACCGCCGUGCACAGGAGGGGCUGAAGCUGGGAACUUCUGCAGCCCUUGCCUAUGACCACUUGUCCUAAUACUCUGAAUGUCCUGGAUGAAAAGGAGAAAAACAUUUGGUUUUUCUUAAUCAAAGACUCCAAAACUGCAUUGUAUUGAUGUUAUGUAAACUGCAAAACCUCUGUUCAUUGUAAAUAGUAACUCAGUGCCAAUAACUGAUCCUAGUGCUUUCCUUUUUUUAAAACGCAAAACCUAUGUGAUUUUAACUAGUCUUCUCCUGAUUCAACUAAAAGUAUUAUUUUCCAGAAGUGGCCUCUUUGUCUAAAACAU